AUGUCCAGCCUUGACAACGACACCUCAGCCUAUGAGAGUUUAGUGUCGGUAAAUUCAAUUCUCUUCUCAACUGCAUUGCUCCUGACGUUCGUAUGGGGGUACUUUAUAAAUACGGGGAAGUCUCGACAUAUAUCGCAGUCGACUGGAGCUGUUAUUAUUGGGUUCAUCAUGGGAGUCCAACAGCCUAUUGAAGGUACCGAUCCAGUAGCAGUGAUGGCGCUCAUGAGGGGGUCCAAAUACCGACCCAAUAAGACAUUGCAUUCUCUGGUCUUCGGUGAGAGCGUCUUGAACGAUGCAGUGGCAAUCGUCUUGUUUGCAUCCUAUCAACACGUUUACUUUAGCGAUCAAGAAGUCCCGUCGGGGAUUUCACGGAGUCCCCUAUUGGGCUUCUUGACAGUUACGUUGGGGUCGAUCAUAUUCGGUGUCCUCAGUGGAGCUCUGGUUAGCGGCACCUACCGCAAGUCGUCUCUGGGCGAGUACCCUAAAUACGAGAUAGCCUGUAUGUUCUUGUCUAUUUACCUCACGUUCUCCCUAGCUGAGCUCCUUGGUCUGAGUGGAAUCAUGACGAUAUUCUUCUUUGGAUUAAUUCUCGGUCGUUAUAACUUCCACAACUUAUCCAAAGCGUCACAAGUAGCUUCAAAACUGGUCUUCGAAACUAUCGCUUUUAUAUCAGAGACUUUGGUCUUCCUUUACCUUGGCGUAGUAGCUUGCAUGUCUAUAGGAGAGUAUCAUUGGAACCUCUUACUGAUAAUCUUCACUAUGUUACUCAUUGUGUUCGCUAGAGCGUGUAAUGUGUUCCCUCUAGCAUGGGUCUUAAACCAUUCAACUCGACAUGAGCCUAUCUCUCGGAACUCCCAGAUUGUGUUGUGGCUGGCAGGAAUAAGAGGAGCUAUUGCCUUCGUUCUGAUGUUACGUGUACCCGCUAGAGUUGGUGAUGAUACCCGAGAUCUCCUCGUCACCACUACUAUAUCAGUGGUUUUCAUUACAACACUAGCAGGAGAGUCCCUGGUAGAGCGCGUCGCUGUUAUGUUGGGGGAGUUGCGGCCUGUAGUAGGCGUUCUAUCAUCACACGACGCAACGACUGAGCCGGAGAUUACUAUUUCUGGUUCAACUCUGGAUACUCCUCUAUUUUAUGUGCCGCCGUCUGGUGCACCUACUGGUCAAGCAACGUUGACUAUGGAGCUCGCCGAGAGGCUCAGUGGGGCGAUCGAGUACGUGGAUCGGAAAUAUAUUCAACGGCAUCUUGGGGGGGCAGACGAUCAGUCCAUGCUUGAGGACGCUAGCAGUCAUCAUCAUCUAAGUGACUUUUCUCAGCAGUGA